AUGAAUAGCAGCCGUAACUGCACGGCCCUGGGCCAUGGCGAGGGUCCGGCAGUUUUGGAGUCCGUCUCGAUUGUGACCAUCACGCUCCUGGCCUGCCUCGGGAACCUCUUGAUUGUGGUAACCCUUUAUCGGAGGCCUUACCUGCUAACACCCAGCAACAAGUUUGUGUUCAGCCUCACACUGUCCAACCUGCUGCUGUCCGUAUUGGUGUUGCCUUUUGUGGCCGUGAGCUCAGCAAAGAGGGAGUGGGUGUUCGGCGUGGUGUGGUGUAACUUCACUGCCUUGCUCUAUCUGCUCAUCAGCUCUGCAAGCAUGCUCACUCUGGGGGCUAUUGCCAUCGACAGGUAUUAUGCAGUUCUCUACCCUAUGAUCUACCCAAUGAAGAUCACAGGAAACCGGGCGGUUGUGGUCAUCGCCUAUGUUUGGCUGCACUCCCUGGUGGGCUGCCUGCCCCCUCUGUUUGGCUGGUCCUCCUUUGAGUUUGAUUGCUUCAAGUGGACCUGUGUUGCGUCCUGGCACCGUGAACCGGGGUAUACGGCUUUCUGGGUCACCUGGUGCAGCCUCCCGCCGUUCAUCGCCAUGCUGGCCUGUUACGGCGUCAUUUUCCGCGUGGCUCGCAUGAAAGCCCGGAAGGUUCACUGCGGGACGGUGGUGGUGGCUCAGGAUGACUCCGGGGCUGCCCAGAGGAACGGACGCAAGAACUCCAGCACCUCCACAUCCUCUAACAGCAGCCGACGGAGCCUGGUGUAUGCGGGGAGCCAGUGCAAGGCCUUCAUCACCAUACUGGUGGUGAUUGGCACCUUCCUCGUGACCUGGGGGCCAUACGUGUGGGUGGUGUGCACCGAGGCAUUGCGGGGCCGGGGGGGUGUGUCUCAGGGGGUGGAGACUCUGGUGGCCUGGCUGUCCUUCUGCAGUGCGGUGUGCCAUCCGCUCAUCUAUGGUCUGUGGAAUAAGACAGUUAGGAAGGAGCUACUGGGGAUAUGCUUUGGAGAUCGCUACUACAGAGAGUCCUUCGCCACACGCCAAAGGACGUCCCGGCUCUUCAGCAUCUCCAACAGAAUAACAGAUUUGGGUAUGUCCCCACACCUGACAGCCAUGCUGGCUGGUGGAGGGCAGCUGGUGGCCUCUGGGAGCAGUACUGGAGACACUGGCUUCAGUUUCACUCAGGACUCAUGUACAGAUGUGAUGCUGCUGGAGAACUUCUCCACUGACAGCUCCUCCCAUCCCCACUGCCAUGGCAAUGCAGCCGGCAAGAGGCGGAGCUCUGUUACCUUUGAAGACCAGGUGGAGCAAGCCAAAGGCACCUCCCAAUCCACUGUCCAAGUGCAAGCAGAGAUACAUAAGUCUCUGGACUCAUUUGCCUCCUGCCUAGCGAAGGCUAUAGAGAAUGAUGCCAAGCUCACCCUCUUUGGGGACGGGAUGGCCUUGCCGGGGGGGACGUUUACGACCAGGGCAACUCCAAGACCCAGAUACCUGGAUGGGCAGAGACUGAGGCUGGAGAGUAUCGAUGAAGGGAUAGUCAAAGACGACAGAUAUGAAGAGGACCAUGUUACAGAGGACGUAAAACCCUGA